CCCAAAUAAUUCUGGUCCACACACCUAAUCACACCAUUUGUAUUUGUAUUUGUAUUAUACUCCAAUCUCCCUCUCUAAACUGUAACCAGAAAAAUCAUGUGGGCCUCGAUGAGCCUUUCACUUGCCGCUCCGGCACCAUUCGCCACCACUACACCGGCGGCGAAUUGUCUUACGGCCGGAGCUCCGAGGAAGUUUCAGCUCUACUCGCAGCUUAGAAACCUCGAUUUAGCAUAUACGGCGGAGCAAAAGCAGCAAAUUCAGAAGAAAUCGCAAACAAAUCAUUUAGGUUAUACGGCAGAGCAGAAGCAGAGAUUUUGGAAGAAAUCACAAACAACGAACAUACAACAAGCAGAAGAAGAACAAGUACAAGUAGAUUUAAAGGAUGAAGAGAAGAAACUGACCGGAUUUGACGUAUUGCAGGCACUUGAAAAAGCAACGGCACGGAAAAUGAAGAAAAAGAGAAAUGGAAGAGAUGGUUCACUGUUAAGUAGUAGUAGAAAAGUGAGUGAACAAACAGCAGAGGAUGAAGCUACGGCGGAUUACGGUAGCAAAAUUGUUCAACCAUUGAGCAUAAGAGAAGAUUGGGGAACUCGUUUGGAUGAACUGGAAAGAAGACUUGAACAUACAAUAGCUUGAAUAGCACAAUAAUACUAAACAUAGACACUAAAAAAAACAAUUUUAUUGUGUUUUUAGCUUAUUACUCCCUCUAAUUUUAUACUUAUAGUGAUACUAUAGUUUGCAAAUGGAACUUGAACUAUUCAAAAUUUCAACAAUGUGAUAUCCGUUUA